AUGAAAAGAUCCUCGGAGAGUCAAAGGCAUCAAAGCAAGGCUAAACAGCCUGUUAUGGAGGAAGAUAAAGUGAAAUCACUUUUCAAUGAGAAAAUUUGGGAUCCAGAAUUUCAGCAAGGCCUGAAAAGCGAAAUCAGUGCUUCGAAGCCCUACAACUGGGGUUCCAUACGCGAUUUGGUCAACGAUGACUUGUUGCGCGCCGUAAGGAAAGAAAUUGAAACUGAAAUUCAUUUCACGAAGAAAGAAACGGAUAUCUACAAGGUAAAUCAAAGUGGAGACCUAGCGAACCUUUCUGGACUGGAUUGGAGUGAUCUUUCGAGGCUGCCCAAUUUAUGCAAACUGCGGGAGAUUCUGUAUUCUUCCGUUUACCGAGAUGUUAUUUCUUAUGUGACAGGUGCAGGAAAGCUUUCUGGCUCCAAGAUGGACAUGUCCAUUAAUACAUACACCAAAGGAUGCCAUUUGCUGACUCACGACGAUGUUAUUGGAUCCCGAAGAGUUAGCUUCAUCUUAUAUUUACCAGAGCCCGGAAAAACGUGGAAAGAACACUAUGGAGGAGGGUUGAGACUUUUCCCAAGUAUAGUUGCGAAUGUUCCACAUAGUGAUCAUAGCGCCAAAUUAGUUCCACAAUUCAACCAGAUCGCGUUUUUCCACGUGCAGCCGGGAUUUUCGUUUCACGACGUCGAGGAAGUUCGUGUUAACAAGCAUCGUCUUUCCAUUCAAGGUUGGUACCAUAUACCUCAAGAAAACGAACCUGGCUAUAUAGCCGGUGAGGAGGAGAAGUGGGUCCAAACAAAUACUAGUACACUGGCACAACUGGAAUCAAGCGUUUUGCAAGAUUACGAAUUUCCGAAAAGUGAAAGAGACAUUUUACCUUAUCACCAGGUAAAGCAUUUCGAAAAGAUCAUUGCGGCUAAUGACGUCAGCGACGAGGUAAAGGAUGAAACUCCUCUCAGUGCUAUCUCCGACGUUGGAAUAUUGACCGAUAGUGAGGUGGAAUAUCUUGCUGAAUUUUUAUCAGAAAAUUAUCUCAGCGAACAAGGAAUCAAGAAUCUUCAACAGACCUUUUUGGAAAAGAGCCAUCUACAAAUCGAUUCCUUUCUGAAUGAAGAGAAAUCUGAAUUGCUGAAAAAACUGAUAAAGUCCGACGAACUGGAAAAAGAGUGUCCGUACAACGCAAGCGAGGUUAGAAAUCCUUGGAAAACCGCCAUUCCUCCCCACAAAUGGAGGUAUCUCUACAUUGACGGGAAAUCUCACGAGAAGUUUGGUAGCGAACAGGACAUUCUCAACACUCUCAACAAAGAGGAGCUGCCGAACUAUACCCUUUUGAGAAAAACGCUAGACCCCUCUGCCAACGAGACAGAAUGUAAGCUAAUUGACGUGGUUGAGUUUUUGCAAAGUUCCAUUUUCAAAAAGUACCUGGCUUUGGUGACACUUCUUUGUCCACUCAGUGAACAGAUUAUGAUCAGAAGAUUCAGACCAGGUAAAGAUUUCACUUUGGCAACUCAAAUAAAUAAAAGCGAGCUUUUGAAAAAUGUUGAGGGUUACGUUGAUGCCGUUUUGGAAGGAAGCCUGUGCCUCACUCCUACCGAUGGAUGGGGGUCAGGAGAAGUAGGAGGCUACGAACUUUACAUGGACAAUCAAGAUGACAAUGCCGACAAAGACGUUGAAGAUGCAGCUGUUUACAAAACCGACGACACAGGAGACUCUGUUCUCAUCAACAAACCCCCGCAAUGGAAUUCUUUUAAUUUGGUUUUGAGAGAUGAGAGUGUACUCCAAUUUAUCAAGUAUGUUAGUUGGGCUGCCAAGUCCAGCCGUUGGGAUAUUUCUAUGCAAUGGGAUGUCAAGACGGUAGAGUGA